AUGCCUUCGUCUUCUACCUUUGAACUUGCCGGUCGGCAGUUCCCCAAGGUGACCUGGUAUAAGGAUCCGGGGAUGAGAAAGACCUACAUUUGUCUGAUGCUGGUUGUCUUGACUGCGGCGACCAAUGGCUACGAUGGGUCGAUGAUGAACGGAUUGCAGACUCUUCCGCACUGGCAAGCGUACUUCAACCACCCCGAAGGCUCAAAGUUGGGCAUUCUCAACGCAAUCAUGUCUCUUGGCUCGCUUGCGGCGUUGCCCGCUGUGCCCUAUACGGCUGAUAUCCUAGGACGGAGAAUGGGCAUCUUGAUUGGUUGUCUCAUCAUGAUCCUGGGUGUCGUUCUCCAGAGCGUCAGUGCCAAUUAUGGCAUGUUCCUGGCUGCACGGUUUUUGAUCGGAUUCGGAGUCGCUAUCGCUCAUGGAGCUUCUCCAUUACUGAUCACUGAACUGGUGCACACCCAGCAUCGUGCCAUCUUUACUACCAUCUACAACACCACGUGGUACUUGGGCGCGAUCGUCGCCGCUUGGUUGACUUUUGGCACCAACAACAUCGAUAGUAACUGGUCCUGGAGAGCACCGACUGUUGUCCAGGCUGCGCCAUCGGUUGUCCAGAUCAUCUUCGUCUGGUUCGUGCCCGAGUCGCCCCGUUUCCUGAUCUACAAGGGUAAGGAUGAGCAGGCACUAAAGGUGCUGGCCGACUGUCACGCGAAUGGAAACCAACAGGACGAGGUUGUUCAGCUGGAGAUGCAUGAGAUCAAGGAGACUAUCCGCCUCGAGAAGGAAUUUGAGAGCAACAGCUGGAUGGAGCUGGUCCGCACCAAGGGCAACCGGCACCGUCUGAUCAUCUGCAUUACUGCUGGAUUUUUCUCGCAGUGGUCUGGCAACGGCCUGGUGUCUUACUAUAUUGCCAAGAUUCUGAACUCGAUCGGAUAUACUAGCUCCAUUCAGCAGAACUUGAUCAAUGGCUGUCUCCAGAUCAUGAACAUGAUUGUGGCGCUGACCAUGUGUUUCUUUGUGGACAAGAUCGGCCGGCGCAAGCUCUUCCUGGUCUCGACGGCGGGCAUGCUGGUGGCUUUCAUUGUCUGGACGAUUUGCUCGGCGCGGUAUGCCAUCGCGGGCAACCAUAACGCGGCCAAUGCCGUGAUUGCGAUGAUUUACCUGUACUAUGUGUUCUACAAUAUCGCGUGGUCGGGUCUUCUGGUGGGAUACACGGUGGAGAUUCUUCCGUACAGCAUCCGGGCCAAGGGAAUGACCGUGAUGUGGUUCUGCAUUGAUGCUGCUCUGUUCUUCAACCAGUACGUCAACCCGAUUGCGCUGGAGAACAUCGGGUGGAAGUACUACAUCUUCUACUGCGUGUGGCUGGGCGUGGAGUUGGCGGUGGUGUGGUUCUUCUACAUUGAGACGCGCAACACGCCACUGGAAGAGAUUGCGAAGUACUUUGACGGGGAGAACGCGAUUCCGCCCAAACUCAGUCGAAGCGACAAACAAGCUUUGAUCGUCUCCCACCUGCGGUCAACAGGCACCUGUCACACGCUCAAGGAGCUGGAGAAGACGCUCCCGGCGGUGGCUUCGAUCAACGGGAUGCAGGUGAAGGAGUACAUCCAGGAGCUGGUGGAUGAGAACGCGAUCCGAUGCGAAAAGAUCGGCAGCGGCAAUUGGUACUGGUGCUUUGGCGACGACGAGCGACGGCAGCGCGAGAGUCAGCGGGCGCAGCUACAGCGGGAGGUGGAUCGCGUGCGGGCGCGCUGGGAGGGGGUGGUGGGGGAGGUCGAGACACGACGCCGACGGCUUCAGGAACAGGAAGAAUCGUUGUGGCGUGAGGAUCGGAACGAGGCGGGACGCGUACAGCAGCAACAGCAGCAGCAGCAACGAGAGGCGGUCGAGGAGGAAUGUCGCCGCCUUCGCAGCAGCUUGCUGGCGUGGAGGACUACGACAGGCACCACGGUGGCGUCGAUGCGGUGCCAGACGGAAGAGUUCCGGGCAGAGACGCAGCGGUGGACGGAGAAUGUCUACGUAUUGGAGGCGUAUCUGACUCGGUUGGCUGGGGAAGAUCGCGCACUGGUUCGGGCGGUACAAGAAGAGUGUUAUGGGGAGGAGUAUGACGAGGAGGAGGGCGGACUACGCGAGAUUUUCUAG